UUUUUUAAUCAUUUCAUCACUAUACGAACCGGCCUGAUCUCAGAUCCCGAGCAACGAAGAUGUCCCGAGUCUCGAGCUCGAGAGUCAGUCGUCGUUAUCGUUCCGCUCCCGAAAGUUCAUGUUCGAUUUAAAACGAUGUCGGUCGCCACAAAAGGAAUUUUUAUCGUCGCUGCGAAGCGCACACCCUUCGGUAAAAUGGGUGGAAUGUUUGUGAACAAAAGUAUGACCGAUUUGUCUGUUAUUGCAUCGAACUCUGCCCUCAAGGAAGCUUCUCUCACUCCCGAUAAAAUCGAUCACGUCAUUUUCGGUAAUGUUAUGAGCUUGACGUCACCCGAUGGCAUUUAUUUGCCACGUCACGUGCUCCUUAAAUGUGGAAUACCAUUGGAAAAGCCAGCUCUGGGUGUGAACAGGUUGUGCGGUUCGGGUUUCCAAUCGGUCGUGAACGGAGCUCAGAGCAUCGCGGCUGGUGAAUCGAGGAUCGUGCUUGCCGGCGGAGCUGAAAAUAUGAGCCAGACGCCAUUCGUCGUGAGAAACAUUAGAUUCGGCACGACUCUGGGACAAAAAUACGAAUUCGAGGACGCCCUUUGGGUCGGACUCGCCGACACUUACUGCGGACUUCCCAUGGGCAUGACGGCGGAAAAACUGGGCGCCAAAUAUGGAAUCACUCGAGAGGAAGUCGACGAAUUCGCUCUGAGGAGCCAACAGCUCUGGAAAAAUGCGAACGACAAUGGUCAUUUCAAGGCUGAAAUGGCGCCAGUUUCCAUGAAAAUAAAAAAGCAGGACGUCGAGGUCGCCGUGGACGAGCAUCCCCGACCAGAAACCAAAAUGGCUGAUCUGACCAAGCUCAAAUCGAUUUUCCAGAAAGACGGACUCGUCACAGCUGGCUCAGCAUCCGGCGUUUGCGACGGAGCCGGUGCAGUGAUCCUCGCCAGCGAGGACGCCGUCAAAUCCGAGGGCCUCAAACCCCUCGCUCGACUCGUCGGCUACAGCACCGUCGGCGUCGACCCCAGCGUCAUGGGAAUCGGUCCAGCCCCGGCGAUAAGAAAUCUCCUGAAACUCACCGGAAAAACUUUAAAUGACAUGGAAAUAAUCGAGAUAAACGAAGCCUUCGGAGCCCAGACUCUCGCGUGCGUCAAAGACCUUGGACUCGACAUGAAAAAACUGAACGUAAACGGCGGUGCGAUCGCCCUGGGACAUCCCCUGGGUGCCUCCGGAUCGAGAAUCACUGCUCACAUCGUCCACGAGCUCAGGAGAAGAAACGCUGGAAAGCUGGCAAUCGGUUCAGCCUGCAUCGGAGGUGGUCAAGGAAUCGCGAUUAUGGUUGAGGCGGUUUAAGCAUAAAACGAAGAUCGGCCUGAAAACGUACACGCGACCAUUUUUUACACACAUUUUUAUUAUCAUUUUUUUAACACGUACUUUCCGAGCUCGCUGUGAUGACAAAUGCAUUUUAAUGUUUAAUAAAACGACAUGAUCCUCUCGAAUGAA